AUACCAUCAGCAGAAGGUCACUGAGGCUGCAUAGCCCAGGCUGGUGGCUGCCCACACCCUGUGCGGGAGCCCACAGGUUCCUGUCCCCCAGCCCUGGGAAACCCCACAGCUGCGAUUCUUCCUCAGGCAUGGGGAACCUGGACCCCCAUAUCUGCAUUGCAUCCCCUGGGAUCUGCAGUCUGCGCUGGGACCAGAGCAUGGUGCUCACCUUCACCCUCAGCAUCCUGGGCUGCUCUGCUCUGCUCCUGGCUGCUGUGAGUGGGCAGCAAGUCAGACAGCGCCGAUGCCCAGUGCCACACAUUGAGAAUGGGAGGAGUACUCCUUCUCACUACAUCUACCGGCCCGGGGACGUAGUAAGAUUCACCUGCAAUACGGGCUACAACUUGCAAGGCUCCCACACGAGUAUUUGCCAAGCUGACUUCAGCUGGAGCCCACCUUUGCCAGCAUGCAAAAAGGAGGUGAUGUGUCCUCAGCCACCGAACAUCGCCAACGGGCUGCACAGCAGCCAAUCCACGAACAAAUUUCUCCCAGGAGCAGUUGUGCACUACAGCUGCAAGGAUGGCUUCAAGCUGGUGGGGAAUGUCUCCAUCAGCUGCUCAGAUGUCGGGCGCUGGAGCCGGCCCCUGCCCCGCUGCCAAGCCAUCGGCUGCCAGAGUCCCACAGUGCACAAUGGGAAGGUGCAGGCACUCAAGGACACCUUCGAGGCUGGGGAGACGCUGCGGUUUGACUGUGAUGCUGGGUAUGCUGCAGAGGGCAGCCAUCGGGCUCGGUGCCAGCCUGGGGGGAGCUGGGACCCACCAGUGCUCAGCUGUGAGCGAGUUCAGCCAUGCCCCAUGCCUCCAAAGAUCAGCAACGGAGAUCAUGAUGGCCAUGGCAGAGCAGAGUUCACCAUGGGGAUGCACGUGACGUACACUUGCAAUCUCGGCUACUACCUGGCUGGCAACGUUGAACGUGUGUUUUGCAAAGCAACGGGGAAAUGGAGCCAGCCCAGCCCACACUGUGAAGAAGUGACGUGUCCUCCGCCACCGAACAUCGCCAAUGGGCUGCACAGCAGCCGCUCUUCUGCCAGGUUCCCUCACGGCACCGUUGUGUACUACAGCUGCAAGGAUGGCUUUGAGCUGGUGGGGAAUGUCUCCAUCAGCUGCUUAGAUGUCGGGCGCUGGAGCCGGCCCCUGCCCCGCUGCCAAGCCAUCGGCUGCCAGAGUCCCACAGUGCACAAUGGGAAGGUGCAGGCACUGAAGAACACCUAUGAGGCUGGGGAGACGCUGCGGUUUGACUGUGAUGCUGGGUAUGCUGCAGAGGGCAGCCAUCGGGCUCGGUGCCAGCCUGGGGGGAGCUGGGACCCACCAGUGCUCAGAUGUGAGCAGGUUCGUCCUUGCCCCAUGCCUCCAAAGAUCAGCAAUGGAGAUCACAACCGGCACGGUGAAGGCUUUUUCACCACGGGAAUGUCUGUGUCAUACACCUGUGAUCCCAGCUUCUACCUGGUUGGGAAUGCACAUGUGGUUUGCAAAGCAUCAGGGACCUGGAGCCAGCCCAGCCCACGCUGUGAAGCAACCAUCUGCUUAAAGCCGGAUAUACAGGAUGGGUGGGUAGUUGAUGAUCACGGACUCAUCUAUGCGCCGGGGCAAAUGGUGACGUUUCAGUGCCAGGAAGGCUACAGCUUGCGGGGCAGUGCUCAAGCCCUGUGCCAGGAGAAUGGCAGCUGGGACCCCCCAGUGCCCCUCUGUGAUCCACUCCACAGCUCCGUGCUGCCCAGAAGGGCUGAGAGCUCAGGUAACGAUUCUGGAGCUGCCUGGGGUGGGUGGCUGCUUGCUAGCCCCUAACCCAGCAGUUAAAUAAUGUGUUAAAUCCUGUAAGAAAGCAGAAGAUUUAGUUAUCUGCUGGGAACAGGAGCCUGAAAUCUGGAAUCCUUUGGGAAAAAAAAAAAA